CCCGCCUAUCCAAAGAAAGACAUUUCAAAAUUCAGCCCAAUAGGUGAAGGGCCCAGGAGAAAGUCAAAGGACCCGGAACCCAACCCGAACCCGCUUCCACUCCUCCAGAAAACCGCCGAUAAACCUCUCAUCAGUGGCACUGGCACAGUCAUCUUCUUCAUCAGGCAACACUCCGCUAGGGUUUUGACUCGUGGAGUUUCUGCUCCAUUUCCUUCAUUUUCUUCCUGCUCGGACCGAAAGGAAAUGGCGUCGUCCCUCAUAUCCCCGCGGCUGUCGCGAAGCCCGACGGUGUGCUCCCUUCUCUUCUCCUUCAAGCUCAAGGUACGCUCUUCGAGCAAGUUCUCCGCUUCCCGCUUGGCCUUCACUAGCCCCCAUCUCGCCAAGGCCCUGAGUACCUCCACCGCCCCGAACGAGUAUUAUGACCAGACGAACCCUAGCCAGUGGACCCCCCAGAGCCCUAGCUCGCAAUGGAACCCGCAACCGACCCAGAGGCCGGGCAACAAUCAGUACAAUUAUUCGGGAGGGAGCAAUCAGGGUUAUCCCACUAGAGGGUAUCCGAAUCAAGCUCCGAGUUAUCCCGGCCGUGGAUAUCCCAAUCAGGGUCAGAAUUACCCUAAUCCGGGGCAGGGGCAGGGGCCGGGGCUGGGACAGGGACAGGGACGGGCGCAAGGUUAUCCUCAGCAGACCACGCAAUGGAAUGCGAACACCCCGAACCAGAGUACUAAUCGGUGGAACAACCAGAAUCAGGGGUCCCCUCAGUCCAGGAUCCCUAACCAAUGGCCCCAACAGAACCAGAACUCCAAUCAGUGGGGUUCUCAGCAAGCAAGUCAAGCGCCGCAAACUCCCGCUGCUCCAGUGCGGUCCAUUAUUGACCUGAAGCAGCUUUGUGAUGAAGGGAAAUUGAAAGAAGCUAUAGAGCUGAUGACCGAGGGGGUUAAGGCUGAUGCGGAGUGUUUUAGUCAGUUGUUUGCUCUGUGCAAUAAUCCAAAGCAUCUUGAAAAUGCAAAGAAAGUCCAUGAUUACUUCCUCCAGUCGACUUGUAGGAGCGAUCUUCAUCUGAACAACAGGGUCUUGGAAAUGUACGGGAAGUGCGGGAGCAUGACGGAUGCAAGGAGGGUUUUCAAUCACAUGCUCGAUAAGAACAUUGACUCAUGGCAUUUGAUGAUAAAUGGGUAUGCAAAUAACGGGUUAGGGGAUGAUGGGUUGGAGUUGUAUGAGCAGAUGACCGAGUUGGGAUUGAGACCCAAUGAGCAGACUUUCCUUGCAGUCCUAUCGUCUUGUGCUUGUAUAGGGGCAAUAGAAGAAGGAUUCCUUCAUUUUGAUUCGAUGAAGAACGAGUAUGGCAUUGAGCCUGGGAUUGAGCAUUACUUGGGGUUGAUCGAUGUUCUUGGUCAGCCCGGGCACUUAGCGGAGUUACUCGACUAUAUCGAGAAAAAAUUGCCCUUUGAGCCGACUGUGGAAGUUUGGGAUGCUGUGAGGAAUCUUGCAAGGAUUCAUGGAGAUAUUGAUCUCGAAGACUAUGCUGAGGAGAUUAUCCUUGCUCUGGACCCGUCAAGAGUUGUGGCUAAUAAAAUACCUACACCCCCACAGAGGAGGAUGAUGGCCAUUAACAUGCUUGAAGGGAGGAACCAGAUUAGCGAGUUCAAGAACCCAACUUUUUACAAGGAUGAUGAGAAGUACAAGAGCAGCAAAGAAGGAGGCUACGUGCCUGACACAAGAUACGUUCUCCAUGACAUCGAUCAAGAGGCUAAAGAGCAGGCUUUGCUCUAUCACAGCGAGAGGUUAGCAAUUGCCUAUGGGCUUAUCAGCACUCCAGCUCGUACCCCGCUUAGGAUCAUCAAGAACCUUCGGAUAUGUGGUGACUGCCACAAUGCAAUAAAGAUCAUGUCAAAGAUUGUAGGAAGGGAGCUGAUUGUGAGGGAUAACAAGAGGUUCCAUCACUUCAAGGAUGGGAAAUGCUCUUGUGGGGAUUACUGGUGAGGUACUUUAGUCUUUAUUGGGUUUUAAGCUCGAUCAUUGUACGUAAAGAAAGAUCCUCUCCUCUCCAUUUGCUGUUUAGUUGAAGUGCAGACAUAUGGUUAAACUGAAUGGGAAAAAAAAAGGUUGUUUCCGGGCCAAUGAGGUGAGAUUUGCUGCAUGGUAAUUAUCCCUGAUCUGAACUCCAUAGUACUCAAAUAUGUUGUGGGCAAAGGGAACGUAUCCUUUACGACAUUUUGAUACUUUUUAUAUAUUGAAAAUGUUGCCUUGUUUAAUACGAAAGCAUUCAUAGGUAAACAAA